UACACCUGAGCGGGCUGGGCCGGGGGGCGUUGGAAUAAAAGAGGAUGGAGAGACUUCAGCGCCUGGGACUGGGGUGGGCGAGGCGGAGGGUGUGGCCGAAGCACGGGUUUUCUCCGCGCCGCGGUUGGUUAGCGAGUGCCCUCUGGAUGCUAGGCGCUGGGCGGGUGCUAGGAACGCGGUAGCAUACGGAUCCGAGUCCUGCGCCGAGUGGGAGGAGAGGCUGGCAGGGGCUAAGUGAUGGAUCUUGUACUCAGUGUUGCAGAUUACUAUUUUUUUUCACCAUACAUAUAUCCAGCCACGUGGCCAGAAGAUGACAUCUUCCGACAAGCUAUUAGUCUUCUGAUUGUAACAAAUGUUGGUGCUUACAUCCUUUAUUUCUUCUGUGCAACACUGAGCUAUUAUUUUGUCUUUGAUCAUGCAUUAAUGAAACAUCCACAAUUUUUAAAGAAUCAAGUCCGUCGAGAGAUUAAGUUUACUGUCCAGGCAUUGCCAUGGAUAAGUAUUCUUACUGUUGCACUGUUCCUGCUGGAGAUAAGAGGUUACAGCAAAUUACAUGAUGACCUAGGAGAGUUUCCAUAUGGAUUGUUUGAACUUGUCGUUAGUAUAAUAUCUUUCCUCUUUUUCACUGACAUGUUCAUCUACUGGAUUCACAGAGGCCUUCAUCAUAGACUGGUAUAUAAGCGCCUACAUAAACCUCACCAUAUUUGGAAGAUUCCUACUCCAUUUGCAAGUCAUGCUUUUCACCCUAUUGAUGGCUUUCUUCAGAGUCUACCUUACCAUAUAUACCCUUUUAUCUUUCCAUUACACAAGGUGGUUUAUUUAAGUCUGUACAUCUUGGUUAACAUCUGGACAAUUUCCAUUCAUGAUGGUGAUUUUCGUGUCCCCCAAAUCUUACAGCCAUUUAUUAAUGGCUCAGCUCAUCAUACAGACCACCAUAUGUUCUUUGACUAUAAUUAUGGACAAUAUUUCACUUUGUGGGAUAGGAUUGGCGGCUCAUUCAAAAAUCCUUCCUCCUUUGAGGGGAAGGGACCGCUCAGUUAUGUGAAGGAGAUGACAGAGGGAAAGCGCAGCAGCCAUUCAGGAAAUGGCUGUAAGAAUGAAAAAUUAUUCAAUGGAGAGUUUACAAAGACUGAAUAGAUUAUUGCCCAGUUAUUCUUAAGUAAGGACAAAGAAGGAAAUAUCAUCAUAUUUCUUUUUUUUAAUAAGGAAAAAAUAAUCUCCAUACAGUCAAGAUACAUAGUAAGUAAACGGUAUCAUUUGGAAAUCAGCAUCGUGGGCACUGCUGAGGAAUGAUCCUAGUGGUAGGUCAGAAGAAGAUGCUGUGAACACCAGGAUUUUAAUCUGAUGCUUAAAAUGCCAGAUGUUGUUGAGGAGACAACUUGUAUCUUUCUAGCAGCAGAUCUGUAGUUUGUAUAGCCUCAACAGCAAUUUUAAAUAAGAUGGAGAAUAAAUUAUUGAGGGGACUAGGCUAUAUGCAUUUGCCUUCAUCCACCCAUUUUUAUUAAGAAUUAUUGUGCUUAAUAAUACCAAGACUAAGCACCAUAACCAAGAAAUACUAAUAUAAAGAUUGUUUCUUGUUUCAGGAAUGGUUAAUUCUUCAACGUUGGUAUGGUAAUGAUAACUUGUAGUACUUUAUUCAAGUCAAAGCAUCGGUGUGGAAAAAAAUUCUGAUACAUUAGCAGCUAUGUAAAUGACCUAAUUGAUAGCAGGUGUAAUAAGACUAUCAUCUUCCUACACACAGGAGGCUCAUUCUCUGGGCACACUGUCACCUAUUACAUCUUACUGAUUAAUAAAUAAAUUGGAAUUAAAUAUUGAUAUCACCAUGAUUUAAUCCAGAUCUGGGAUUAUGUAACUAAACAUUGUGACGAUUAUUAUUUAAAACCAUUAUUUAAUAAGAGUAAAAAUAUGUGAAUCUGGAGAUAUUUAAAAAAAGAAAUUUGAUGCCCAGAUAAUAUAUUAGGCACUACUGAUUUUUUAGUUAAAUUGAUGCACUACACUUUUGAUGUUUGAAGUUACAAACCUGUAAUUUUUUUGUAAAGGAAAUAAUUGCCAAAUACCUAGGCCCACUGCUGACGAUUAGUUCUAAAAUCUUAUUCCUCCUCUUCUCCCCUCACUUUUCCCUACUUCCUCUGCAAAAAGAUUUAGCAAAUACUUGCAUAAGGAAAUGUGUGUUGUAACAAAUAUAUUGCAAAAACAUAGUUUGUAAAGGCAUUCUAUAAACUAUUUAUGUAAAAUCAAUAAAAGUUGAUCAUUAUAAUUAAA